CGCAAUGAGUUUAUUAUCAGUCUUACGAGUGGUCCAGAAGUAGAAAAAACUGAAGAAAAUGAUAGCCUUGACAACCGACUUCUUAUUAUUCGAGCAAAUAAUACUCGAAAAAAAAUUUUUCUAAAUGCUUGUAUUAAUGGUGAAUGGGGAAAAGAAGGUUCAGUGAAGCAUAAAUGGUCCCCUGGUGAUGAGUUUGAUAUAAGAAUCAGAUGUCACGAUACAUACUUUGAGAUAUUUGUUGACCAUAAAUUACUAGCAAACUUUGCAUACUAUGUGCCGAUUUCAAACAUCACACAUAUUUAUAUAAAUGGCGAUGCAGAACUGUACACAGUUUCAUGGGAAGGCAAAUAUUAUCAGGUGCCUUAUGGAGCAGAUAUUCCGGGGAAUUUUUACCCCGGAAGAAAGCUUUAUGUUUCAGCACUUGUGAAAAAACAAGCCAAACAUUUCACCAUUGAUUUCCAUUGUGGUUGUGAUGUAGCUUUUAGAUUCAAUGCUCGAAUCGCAGAAAAAAGAUUAAUUAGAAAUACGCGGUCGUCAGAUGGAUGGGGCAAGGAGGAGAAAGAUUUAGAAAUUCAAUUUCCAUUCAAAAAAAAGCACACUUUUGAUUUGCUUUUUUAUUGCGAAGAGAAUCAAUUUAUUUGUUAUGUGGAUGACUGCCUCAUAAACUCAUACGCACACCGGAUGUCACCUCGAGAUAUCGAUAAGCUUUGCAUUGAUGGCGAUAUCGAAUUACAAGGAGUACACCUUAAAUAA